AAUGUCAUUGUGAGACUGAAGUCCGAGAAGAGUGUUUGAUUCAUUCGCAUAAAACGUAAAUUAUGUCAAUACUGUUGCUGAAAAGGCUAAAAGUGAGAGUGAAUGCCAUCGAGACUGCCUUCGCCAUGGGCUGCCUGAAGUGGUACUCCCGGAAAAGUGAUCCCAAGAACAUUGAUUCCUCCUACAAAAUAGUGAAAAUCCGUGACUUUCAAGACGACGGUGGCCCCCUUGGCGGCGAGGGAGGCUCGCUGGCGCUCUUCUCGCCCAGUCGCUUCUAUCUGCCCGGAUCGCUGGGCCCCGCUUGGCUGACGCAAUCCACCACGAUCUCGUCGAAUGUCACCCUUGAGGAUCUCGUGGACUUUGACGCCAAGUCCCCACUCAAGUUCCACGUCACGUGCCAGAGAUGUCCGCUCCUGAUCCGCAACACCCUCAAGGAGCUCUUUCCCACCGCGCCUGAGGUCGCCUCGCCCAGUGAAAUCACCCUCGUGACCCUCGCCUCCCCGGUGGAGACGGAGAAGAGCGCCAAAGACUUCGUCCUCGCGGCCAGAGAGAUUUGCAGUCGCUUGAGACACUGCGGUUACUGGGGAGACUUCAUAAAUCCCUUCAGCGGGAAGCCCUUCUAUUCCUACACUGGCGGCAGCGAUCUGUACACCAUUGACGAGAGAUUCCGCGGAUUCGGGAUGAAGAUUGAGGACGCCAAUCAGUGCAGAGUCAUCAGUGCGGACAGCGAACCAACAUUUUCCGCCAAUGUGUUCACAAACGCCCCGGCCAAUCUGGAUGUCGUUCGCAGUCUCCUCGAGGAAUAGCCCAUAUCUCAAAUUGCCUCAAUAAGUCAAUGUACAAGAAUUUGUAGAUAAAUUGUAUAAAUUAUUCUCAUAAGAAAUUCGCAGAAAUUC